AUGGGCGUCGGUAGCAAAUGCUGCUGCCUCACGCUCGUGCUCUACAAGGUGGUCUGGCUGGCCUUCACGCUCGGACCACUCGUCCUCAUGUACUUCAUCUACACGCUGUACCUCAAGCCGUGGGGCGAGGACCAGAUCGCGUCGCUCUCGGCCGGCAAGUCGGCCGCAUCGCUCAACUGCUCGGGCUGCGUCCUCGGCAUCAACACGCAAUUCCCGCCCAACACGACGGGCUUCCGCCACACGCUCGACACGUUUGGCGGCCAAACCAUGAGCUCUGUGGUUGGCAUUGCCAUCGCCUCGUCGGUCGCGUCGGGGGUCGCGUCCAUGGCAUGGGCAUCCUUCCUUCCGGGCGCGGCUACGCUCGGCAGCGUAGGCUCCAACGUGAACGAAGUGCUCGCGAUCGUCGAGCAAGCGCAGUUCAUCGGCCUUCUCGGGCAGCUCCAGACGUCGGGCGCCCCACUGUUUUUCCAAGAGUUUACAAAAGAGCUCGCGUGGGUCAACUUCAACAUUGGCAAAGGCGUCGACGCCGUGAAAUCGUCGCUGCACGCACGCCGCCUCGACAUCUUUUCGGCGCAAACGAGCGAGACCGGCGUCGAGCGGUACGCCGCGACGCUCGGCGUGCAGCCCGACGACCUCUUCUACUACACGCUCAUGAUCCUAUCGAUCGUCUUUGCGGCCAUUCUCGUGCUCUACGUGCUUGUCACGGCGAUCAUGACGUGCGUCAAAAAGUCAAAGAAGAAUCUCUGGGUCGAGUACUUUCGCAAAGUCAUUUGGGCGUACGUGCUGCUUCUGCUCCUCUCGCUCUACAUCGUGGCCAUGACGGGCUCGUACAAGGCGCGCAUCGAGCUCGCAAACGGCUCGUCCGCCGCCGGCUCGGGCGCGAUCGUCCUCUCGGUGGCCAUCUUUGGUCUCGCUUGA